AUGCCAGCACAUACACCUAUCCCUUCCAUCCCAGGUAUCGAACUCACCGACCCCCAAAUAAAAGCCUUCUUGGCUCAGCGAGUAGCAGACCUAUGCGGAUUGAAUCAACCGAAGUUCCCAGGGUCUCAACCCGUUUCAUUUCAAACUUCGUCUUUGGACUUGCUGGAAUCGAAAGAUUUCUGGGUAUGUGAGAAAUCGGAUGGAGUGAGGAUAUUGGUGUUCAUCGUUAUGAAUGGGAUGACGGGUAAUCAGGAGGUUUGGCUGAUCGACAGGAAAGAACGGUACUUCAGUGUGCAAGACCUUCAUUUCCCACAUCACGAGAAUCGCGGUAAUCCCUUAGGCGAAACUAUAUUAGACGGUGAAUUGGUUAUAGAUAUAGAUCCAAAGACUGGAAGUGAGAUGUUACGAUUCUACGCAUUUGAUUGUUUGGUGAUCAAUGGGAACAAUAUAAUGAAGAGAUCUCUCUUAUCGCGUUACGGCCGAUUGAAAGAAUGGGUGAUAACGCCUUUCCAAAAAUCCUUAAGGGAUUUCCCAGAAUGGAAAGAUGCUUUACCCUUUGAGGUGGUUGCAAAGGAGCAAGAGUUGUCAUAUCAUUUAGGACACGUACUCAAAGUUCAUAUACCGAAAUUACAACAUGGUCACGAUGGGUUGAUCUUCACUUGUACAGAGACGGAGUAUGUUCCUGGAACGGAUGAGAAUAUCCUCAAAUGGAAACCACCUUCUGAAAAUUCGAUAGAUUUCAAGUUGGAGUUACGGUUCCCACCUUCCAUCUCAAACCACGACGAACCUGAUUAUUAUGCCAAACCUGAGUUCUUGCUGUAUACGUGGCUAGGUGGUGAAGAUUACGAAUAUUUCGAUAUGAUGGGUAUGGAAGAUGUCGAGUGGGAGAGGAUGAAAGAGUCGGGUGAACAACUCGAUGAUAGGAUAGUAGAAGUGACGUGGGAUACCGAAAAUGGAUAUUGGAAAAUGUUGAGAAUUCGGGACGAUAAGAAUAAUGGGAAUCACAAGUCGAUUGUCGAUAAGAUUUUGGUCAGUAUAGAAGAUGGAGUUGAACUUGAUGCGCUUUUAUCGAAGACGGACUCAAUCCGAACGGCUUGGAAAACGAGAGAACAACAGAGGAAAUCCGGUCAGCCCCCUCCACCUGCAUCUGCUCAACGUAGACCACCCCAAUCUCAAACUCAACAAGCUCACCCGCCUACACCUGGUGGAGCAGGUAGACAAGGCUAUCCUGUCACACCUGGAUCGAUGGGCUAUGGUGGUCAAAGUCAGCCUCAGGCUCAAGGCCAGAAUCAGGGUUUGGUAGCUGGACUGAAAAGGUGA